GAAGGAAGCAUAAUCAACAGCAAGGCGGAAGUUGUGCUCAUUAAUCAGUACUUGCUUUCGCUUUUUUUCCCCAAACGCUUCAUUUGCCAGCAUAAAAUUGUAUUACUUCCUUCGCUGGCAGCAAUGCUAUUGUAAUAAUCUCAAAAAAAUGAGGCUUUAUGGGGGAUUUUUGGCGUUCAUGUGCGUGUCGCUGUCGUCCGCGUUGACUACUUUGACGUCCGCUUCAUUGAACUGCUCGCAGCAGGGCUUGAGGUGCAGCGUCAGUUUCAGUAACUGCCUCAUAGAUAGCGAAAUGCUGAAAGUGAGGGAGUACACGCCGAGUGGGCCACUGGGGUUGUCGGUGUCCGUGACGACGGUCCAGGAUGAAGCGGGAGCUCUCCAGCCUGUCCUGGUCGCCAACUGGACCAUCAGGGAUGAUGGCAGCAUCAGUUUCCUGAAAGCCACCGAGCUCCAUGUUAUGAAGAUGGCCACCAAUGAGAACCUCUGCGUCAGAUAUGCCUUUAAAAACAAACUCCCGAUGAGGAAUCUACAUGACGACAAGUGGUCGUUCUCGGCAAAUAUGGUGGUGUUGGACCCUGAACAUGGGUAUUGGGUUUCUGUCUUCAAUAUCCCCAAGCCAGAAGUGGGCCACAGUGACUAUGACGUCAGCGAGAAUGUUGUUGUUCCAGGUUGUCAAGACACAGAGAUGUCGAUAACCCAGUAUUGCAUCGAGAGAGGAAGUCUUUGGAAGUCCAAUAUCAGCCUGGUUCCAUCAGCCAAACUAGGGGAGGCUUUGUCAGUCAGCUUCAGUCCCGACCCGCUAUGUGACGAGUACGUGGUUAUUGUAAACUGCGCCUCCACCCAACACGUUGACCGUGCAUACAGGGUCAACCGGACACGCCUGAACGUAACGUUCAGCCUCAACAAAUGGCCCAGAUUUUGCUGCCAGUUUGACGUCUCGAUAAAGCCGAUGUUUCAAAAAUGUGGCCAAGACUGCACCCGUCACAAGAAAACGCUGCACAUUUGUCCAGCCAAGCCCACUGAUCCUCCAGAAGCUCCUCAAUAUACACCAGUUAUUGUGUGCAUGGUGCUCCUAUGUGCUGGGAUUUUUGCCGUUUUUAUGUACAUCCUGUGCAGGAAGCCAGGCAAUACCGGUGGUGCCUUGGCUGCAGCGGGAGACGAGAAACCAAAACAACACCAGCAGCAAAUUCAACAAACUCCGAAAGUUCUUGUAAUCUACUCCCAAGACCACCGUCUCUACAGGGACGUAGUGUUGAAGCUGUGCGCAUUUCUCCGGGCUAAAUGCGGCGCCGAGGUUCUCAUAGACCUGCUCGACACCACUUCGCUGGGCAUGAUCGGCCGCCUCUGCUGGCUGGAGUGGCAACGGCAGCAGCUGAAGAAUCCCACCGACAAGGUCUUGGUGCUCUGCUCACGAGGCGUUCAGGCCAAGUGGCGAGCCAUGUGCGGCCAACGACGCGUAAUACUGAAAGAAGACCUUCUAUCGCCUACAGACGACAUGCUCACCCCCUUUCUGAACCUCUUCCUUCCCGACCUGCACCAAGCGCGCAAGCAUGGCAAGUACAUGGUGGCUUACUUCAGUGACAUCAGCAGCGAACGGGACGUCCCGUCAGUUUUUGACAUUGCCGUGAAAUACACGUUGAUGAAGCACUUUGAGGAGCUGUACUUCGGCCUCCUGGACAUAGAGAAAUACCAGCCGGGUCUGGUCAACCACAUCGAGGGCAUAGGCAGGGACGAAUACUUCAACUGUCCCUCGGGUAAAGCCCUCAAGAAUGCCAUUGAGACCUUCCAGGCAUACCAGAUAGAAAACCCCGAUUGGUUUGAGAAUGAAUGUAUUCAUAGCGAGGAAGACCUCCUGAUGGAGGCCGAUCCGCUCAUUGACCAGUGGCAGGCCUCACCAGUUUUAGAGUGCCUUCCUCUCAUCAGAAACGGACUUCCUGUCUAUAGUUGUGAGGCAGAAAUAAGGGAGAACGGAAGCAGAGUUCAAGUCUUAAACCCAGAACUGAACCCAAAUAUCCAGCACUUGUCAGUGGCCGAACUUCUACCUCUCAUGGACCCUGCGUACAACCACCAGCAACAGUCAGUCCCGCCUCACCCUUGUCCACAAAAGAGUGCUCAAUCUGUUUUAUUAGCUAAUCCUGUUUUGUCAGGACAGCACUGUCCACCGGCUGAGAGGAGGCAGAUAGGUCAGGUUCCAGAGGAGAAUGAGGACGCGUGGCCAAGCGGGUCCACGGUCCUGAAGUCCAAGGAAUCAAAUUCACGAGAGUUAGCUCGUCCAAGCAUGGAGAAUCCCCCUCAGAACCAAACCAGACAUCCUGUGGCGGUGCCUGACAAUGAGGCCAGUGAAGAGGGUUCGAACAGUGCAUCUGAUCUGGGCUACAUCUCCAAAAUGCCAUCCCCACUUGUAGCUCCCGACAAGGAGGAUCCGCUAGUGGCUCUGGCAAGGCUACAAGAGGAACUGUUUCUGCAAACUCUGGAUAGCUCAGAGUUUAAGCUCUAGAGAAAUUUGGGGUGAUUCCACACCUGAAAAUAUUUUUUUCUGGUCUGAUGGGUCUUAUCCUCGUGCCCAUCUGUUUCUCUCCUGAUGUGGUUUCUGUCGAGAGUAUGAAAAGUGGCAAAAUGUCCCUGACCAGAAAUGCUUCUGCAAAAUCAGGAUAGUUUUGUCCAGAAGGAUUUUGAGGGUGAUUUCAACUGACGAUUCACCUUUUCUGGUCUCAUGAAUCUGGAAAACCUUGAUCUUCUCAUUUCCUCCCACCGGAUUGGGAGGGUUCGCCAAGGCCCGUUUUGUGCUCAAAUUACCUUUUUAACUUUGUGCUUUUUUAUUUGUACUACAUGCGUGGAUAAGCAUAAACUUGAUCUUGCUAUUGGGAGGAAAAUAAAAAUACAGCAUUUUUUUUUUAACUUUUCAAUUCCUGUUGCACUUCCAGUCUUUGGAAUCAAAUGCACUUUUAAGUUUUCUGAAGUUCCACUUACGAUGAAAUGUCUUUUUUUUUUUUUUUACAAAAAUUUGCAGUAUAUCAUUAUUUUUUUGUACUUUUUAAAAUAUGUUCUGUCAUUUUAACCUACAAACAAGUCAGACACUUUUUUUUUUUCAAUAAAAGUGGAUUUAUUGGACCUUGA